UGAAAACAUAACUAAAUGAGACAUUUUUGUUGUCAACACAAAACUUUGAACUUACGUACACAAAUCGAAAUUUCACAGUUUCUGCAAAAUAAACAAAAACUGAUCAAGCCUGUUGAGACUUUGACAUGCAAUGUUAUGUAUAAACUAGCCACCAGGCGCAGCUUAUACAACGCAGCGGCACUUAAAGCAGAGCUCACCGGGUUGCAGCACCAUGGAGGCCACUUUGAUUUCAACCACAACUUGGAGUCGGCCAAGCGGAAUGCACAGAUUGUGAUCAUUGGCGGUGGACUGGCGGGCUUGUCAGCGGCAAAGCAUCUACUUGCAAAUGGAUUUCAUAGCACUCUCGUGCUGGAGGCUACGGAGCGUUAUGGCGGUCGCAUUAAUUCGAAGCGCUUCGGGGACACAUUCUGCGAGCUGGGCGCAAAAUGGGUCAACAUUAACGGCUCGCACGACUCCAUGUACGAGCUGUUACGCAAUGCCGAAGGCCUGACAAAGCAGCUGAAGCAGGCGACGCCCGUUCGAUAUGUGCACGCAGCGGGUCAAGGAGAACAGAGUAAGGUGCCCUCUGGCAUGGUUGAAUUGAUAGACCAGCUUUUUCGAGACUUGUGUCGCGGCUUCAAGGUGCGCGACAAGGUAAAGAGUGGGGGCGAUCUGCACUCGUUGGACAAUGUUAUGAGCUACUUUCAGUCGGAGAGCGACAAGCUUAUAAGCAGUUCUUUUAAGCAUCCCGACGAGCAGGCAAUGGCACGCGAGAUUUUUCAAUCGCUCUUCAAGGAUUUCAGCAGCAUACUGGGCUGCUGUCUGGAGUAUGUUAACAUCCAGCACAUUACUACCUGCCCACUGGAGCAGGAAACGAAUCCCAUUUAUGUGCCCACGGGCCUGGACAACAUCGUAAAUGCACUCACUCACGAUUUGGAAAAGCAUCAGCUACAAAUGGGUAAACCUGUUGGCAAGAUCCAAUGGAAGACGCCAACAGAAGCUCAAUUUGUGGGCUGCUUGGAUGGCAGUCUGUAUCAUGCCGAUCACAUCAUUAGUACGCUGCCUUUGGGCGUGCUCAAGAACUUUUCCGCAAUACUGUUUAAGCCGAUGCUCCCACUGGAUAAACUACAGGCCAUACAUAAUCUGGGCUUUGGCAAUCCAGUCAAAAUCUAUCUCUCCUACAAACGGCCCAUUAGUCGCUGGCUCAAGUCCAACCUUCGCCCAUUGAGUCCGCUGACGCAACCAAAUCCAAGCGCACCCAAUGAAGCGACCAACUCGAAUCCGAAGCGCAGCUGGACGCGACAGGUUGUGGAAAUAUCUCAACUGCCUAGUAGCCAGCACGUUCUAGAAAUACGAGUUGGUGGCGGCUACUACGACGAAAUUGAGAAGCUGCCCGAUGCGACGCUGCUAGAGCAGAUCACAAUGCUGUUGCGCCGGUGCCUGAGCAAUGAGCUAGUUCCCUAUCCGCAGGCCAUGUUACGCUCCAACUGGAACAGCUCCGCGUGCUUUCUGGGCGGCCGGCCCUACUUCUCCGUCAACAGCAGCGCCCGUGAUGUGCAAUGCUUGGCGGCGCCUCUGGGCGAUGCCGAGCCAACUCUGCUCUUUGCUGGCGAUGCGACUGCCCUGCAUGGCUUCGGCACGAUAGAUGGAGCGCGGUCCAGUGGAAUACGCGAGGCGCAGCGCAUAAUUGACUUUUAUCACAAGAAGCAUGGCGUAUAAUCUCACACUCGUAGUUAAAUGCUCGUUUAAAAAAAGGAUCCUAGUCAAAAUUCAUAGUUACAAAAGUAUUGGUUAAAUAGUAAUUAAUUAAGCACAUUUAUUA